UCUGCAUGGACCAUUGUAUAAAGGACUGCGUGGAUCCCUCCAGAGCAGAACCCUCUGGUUCACUCCCUCAGAAAUGGCUCUUUUAUACCGAGGUACCUGGAUAGUUCUCCUCCUGACGCUGUCUGUAAUCCUGGCUGAAGGUGGAAAGAUCCUGGUGGUACCUCAGGAUGGAAGUCACUGGCUCAGCAUGCGCCCGGUAGUGGAGAAACUGCAGCAAAAGGGACACGAGGUGGUUGUGCUUGUGCCCUCCACCAGCCUGUACAUGAAGUCAGAGGAGCCUCGGAAUUACACAGUCCAAGCCUAUCCAGUGCCUUACACAGAGGAAUACUUGGGUGAAAUGCUCAAGGCCUUUGUUAAUGCCCAUUUUAUGGAGCAGUCUGUUUUGAAUGUUGUUCUGACCUCGUAUCAAAGCACGAUAGAACUCUCCUCGGUCUUCUUCGCCAACUGUAAGAGCCUUCUGCAGAACGAGGAGCUGAUGCAGUACUUGAAAGAGAGCAAAUUCCACGUGCUCUUCACAGAUCCCAUCCUGAUGUGUGGGCCCCUGGUGGCUGAGUAUCUUUCCCUUCCUUCCGUCUACUUCCUGCGGGGCUUUCCCUGUGGAAUGGAUUCUGCUGCUACCCGGUGUCCAAGCCCUCCUUCCUAUGUCCCCCGGUUAUUCUUGGAUAAUUCAGACAGCAUGACGUUUUCCCAACGGCUGAAGAACAUGCUGGUCGACCUGCUGGAGCUCUUCUACUGUAAGCCUAUCUAUGAUAACUUUGAAGAGCUUGCAUUUGAGGUUUUCAAAAGGAAAGUGACAGUGACAGAACUCCUGAGCCGUGCAUCCUUCUGGCUGAUGAGAUACGAUUUUGUGUUUGAGUUCCCAAAACCCGUGAUGCCAAACAUGGCUUUUAUUGGAGGGAUUAACUGUGUUCAGAAGAAAAGACUGUCUCAGGUACAACAUUUUCUUCUGUUUUGAUAUUGAAAAGGCAAAGUACAAAGGUAUCAUAGAAUGGCAGAAUGGUUUGGGUUGAAAGGGACCUUAAAGAUUAUCUCAUUCCAACCCUCUGCCACCCUGGGCAAGGGAUGUCCCUCACAUCUUUCCAUCAAACCCUGACUAACAAC